AUGGAGAUCCAAGACAGAAGUGAUCUCUGUUUCCCACAUCUCCUCAACUGCUCCUGCAAGAAGCCCACACUUCACUGGUCUGAAGCCGUUCUCCUGAACUCUGUAAUGUCUUUAAUCUCACUGGUCACCGUAGCGUUCAACCUGCUCAUCAUCAUCUCAGUCUCCCAUUUCAGGCAGCUUCACACACCCACUAACAUCCUCCUCCUCUCUCUGGCCGUGUCAGACUUUCUUGUUGGUCUCCUGCUAAUUCCCUUCGAGGUCUACAGAAGCACAGCCUGCUGGUUUCUUGGUGACGUCGUCUGUGUCUUGUACUGCUACCUAGUCGUUCACAUAGUCUGUGCUUCAAUUGGAAACAUUGUUCUCAUUUCAGUCGACCGCUACGUCGCCAUUUGCGACCCUCUGCACUACCCCACCAGAAUCUCCACGGCGAAAGCCAAAUGCUGCGUGUGUGUGUGCUGGCUGUGGAAUGGCCUCUACGGCAUGUUCUUUAUGAAGGACGACAUGAUCCAACCGGGAAGAAGUAACUCCUGCACUGGAGAAUGCUCGCUUCUCAUUGACUACGGUGUCGGAACUCUCGACCUCGUCUUGAACUUUGUGUUUCCGGUGACCGUCAUCGUCGUCCUGUACGUGAGAGUGUUCGUGGUGGCCGUGUCUCAGGCCCGUGCCGUGCGCUCUCACGUGACAGCCGCCUCGCUCCAGCAGUCCGUAUUUUUAACGAGAAGAUCUGACUUGAAAGCUGCCAGGACUCUUGGCGUCCUCAUUGUUGCGUAUCUCGUCUGUUUCUGCCCGUACUACUGUUACUCGCUCGUCGAGGUGAAUUUUACCAGCACACACGCGACGUUUGUCGUCUUUCUGUUCUAUUUUAACUCUUGUCUGAACCCUGUGAUCUACGCCCUGUUUUACCCCUGGUUCCGUAAAGCCAUCAGACAUAUCGUCACGCUGCAGAUACUGCAGCCCGGCUCCUGCGAAGACGUCUUGUAA